UCGGCAAUUAAAUAAACGUCGACCAGGUUCAAGAGCUAAUUAAACUUAGCGAACACCAAAAUGUUUAUAACUCCACCAAUUUUGCGGAAAAUCGGCUAAAAUUCGGCGAGGUUGUAGCUCGGUGUCUAAACUUAAGUUCUGGUUUGUGUUUCUUCAUGUUGUGUUUGUGUUUUCUGACAGGAUGGCCCCAUGAGGACACUUCCUGUCAGGACUCCUGGUAGAAGCCAGCUGGGCAGGUGCAACCCCACAGGUAUUUUGGUGAGAAAACUGGAAAACAACUGAAACUAAAGAGGAGAUCAACGAGCACAAAUCCUGAAAACUGGUCACUCAAGAAUUCUGCUGUCAUUUGGGAAAAACAGCAUUUUUUCUACAAGAUGUCAAAAGUGCUUUUCUGAUGUUACCCACUAAACUUUCCCUUCUAAUUCCACAUCCUGCUUCCUGUUCCAAGUCUGGCUUUACCAUCAGUCUUAUUCAGAAAUGGAUGGCCCCUUCCCCUUUCUGUGAACUUGUUGGCAGCCCUCAAAGUUUCCGCUAUCAUGCUUGGUAGCUUUUGGACCUUGUAACCAUCCAUUACCUACCCUCUCAACUUCUCCACCAACCCCACUUCUACCCCUCUUCUAAAUCACAAAAAUGGAAGCCCAUGCAUCCGCUACCACAGGGCAGAAAUGCUCAAAUAAGGAAAUAGUGAAGGAGAAAACACCUCUGCAAAGAAAGUGGGCAUCUGAGCCUACGGCGAACUCCAAACAAAGCACUUUUGUUGACCAGGAGGUUAAACACCGUGAGAGUUUGCCAGUUGGUGCUACCGGAGGAUCAGCGCCCCAGCAGAAGUACACAAUCACAGGGAAUUCUGCUAAGCUGCUAUGUGGACCCUCUGCAGUUGGAGCCAUAGGUGGUCCACCAUCCCAAGACUCCCAAGGACCCUUUACACAGGCUUUUCCAAGGGGCUACUCCUUCCAGUUGGGCCAGCCAUACCCUCAGCAUCCCCAAACCGAGCGCUUUGUCUCAGGAGCCAAACCACAGCCCGGCCUAGAGGCUCAUGCCUGGCCAUUUGCUGGCCAACUACCUUCAGAUGACCUGUACCCUGUAGGACAUCCAGGCCAUACUCACCCACAUGGGAUGGGGCGGUUUCCCCGACAAAAAUCUCCUAGUUUACCAAGCUCCUUUGGACAGUAUUCCCAAGCAGGGUCUGAGCCUGCAGAGGAGGGCUAUGGGAAAAAAGAGCAAAAGCCAAAGAAGCCUGGUAAAUACAUCUGUCCCUACUGUCAUMGAGCAUGCGCCAAGCCCAGUGUCUUGAAAAAACACAUCCGCUCUCAUACUGGAGAAAGACCAUACCCUUGCAURCCCUGUGGCUUCUCUUUCAAAACCAAGAGCAACCUUUACAAGCAUCGCAAGUCCCAUGCUCACGCCAUUAAAGCUGGGCUUGUACCAUUUUCAUCAGAACUGUCUGCGGCCCGAUUUGGGGAUGUGGAUCAGGCAUCCUCACUUGGUGAAGCAGAUGUGCCCUCAGAUGGAGAGCAAAGCACAGAUACAGACGAGGAAGGUGUCGAUGCCUCCACCAUGUUGACAGAUAAGAGCAGCCCUAUUCCGCAGAUAUCUUUCGAAGCUGACAAGAAUGCAGGUGGUGCAGAGCCAGCAUAUGCAGAUUCAGCUGAAGAACUCCCUMUCGGAUCUAUGAAAGUGCCUAUCCUCAUUUUCCCCAAGACUGGAGGCAUUCCUCCCACUGGGAUGGAGUGUCCUCCAUUUCAUGACAUAAAAGGGUCACAUCACAUGCUGGGGUCAAAGGCAGGUGGAAGGGCACGCUCACUGGAUGACUCCCCCACCGUUAAACAACGUUUGGCCCUGAAGCUGAAUGACAAAGGGCAGGACUCUGAUCCUAGCAUGACCCAGUCCCUUAACCUCCUAAGUCCUCAUAGCAAAGGCAGCACGGACUCUGGCUACUUUUCUCCCUUUGACAGUGCCGAGCUCCAGAUCGGCACUCCCAAUACUAAUGUCAAAACGUAUGAAGAGAUUAUGUUUGGUCGGACUUGGUAUAACCGUCCCAAUUCCAGGUCAAGACAGCCUAUCACAGUGGGCAUGGCAGGGGCAGACCCUAGCAGCCUUGUGAGCUUAAAGCAGUCAGGUGCUAUUCCAGAUAUGGGGAAGACAGUCGAAGAUCAUGUCUCUCUUAGAGGAAAUCAAGCAAUUUGUGGAGAUGCCAAGCAGUACCCAACUGGACCCUGUCAAAGCAAUACAGGACUACUGGAGCCUCCAUCGGAUUCUGCAACUCUUAUUAGGAGCAACUCCAUGCCAAGUCCAUCUCCUCCKAACCUCAGUGCUCCUCAAGGGAUUCGAGGAAGCRUCUCGUUUGAUAAUAUGGCAGCACCAGAUGAUGUGUUUUACCCACCAGGUCAUCCCAGACUCAAAAGACAGACUGCAUUUGAACAACCAGGUAAUGAAGCCCACAUAGGCGAGGCUGAGGGUUACGGACACAUGGCCAAGAGCUUUACCUCAUCUCUAGGUAUGAAGAUCAGUGAGCGCAGCCCAGGAGUCCCCGAGCAGAUUGCCUAUAGCCCAUAUGGUACUAAAGUCAGCAUGUCUGAAAUAGCCACAAGAAAAAGACGAAAAGAGAAGAGUGUAGGAGAUGAUGAGGACAGCCCUGGGCACUGUGAUAGUAGCUGUAGUGGUUCAGUUGAGAUGAUUGGGGACUAUGAAUUUAAACAGGGCAGUUUUGAUGGGUCAAGAGGGACUCCUACAGGGAAGGGCUCUUUUCACAGUGCUCACAGCCAGUCUGACAGUUUUGAUACAUGUGCCAGUAUGUGCUCUGAGGACAUUGCACUGUUUCCUGACUCAGAGGGCAGGAAAGCAGCCAAGAAUGCCAUAUCAGUUAUCCUGCACACAGAUUCUCUCAGGCGUCCAAAUUCCUUUGAGAAGUCAGAAUCUUUUGAGCAACCAGGAAACCAACCCUCAGAUAAAGCUCCAACAACUCAGUACUCAGAACAGUCUGACACGGAUAUCUUUGAGGAUGCUCUGAGUCCUGAAUCUGCACUUCUGAAGACUGAAAGCAUGGAGCAGCAGGUACAAAGUGACAGUGAUCUGGCAUCCCUCUCAUCUUCUUCAGCUGCUCCCUCACCUGGCCAACCAUACCCCAACGCGCACCGACUAGUCCGACAAUCCAACAUCCAAGUUCCCGAGAUUAGAGUGACAGAGGAGCCCGACAAACCCGACAAGGAUGCAGAAGCUCCAGCCACCAAAGAGCCAGAGAGGCAGCAGCAGCAUGUUGAGGAGUUCCAGCUACCACAGAGAAGUGACACUCUGUCCCAGAUGCCAACAGAAAAGCUUCCACCUAAGAAGAAGAGGCUGCGCCUUGCAGAUAUGGAGCACUCAUCUGGGGAAUCCAGCUUUGAGUCCACCUGCACCAGUCUUUCUCGCAGUCCUAGUCAGGAGAGUAAUCUGUCCCACUCGUCUUCUCUUUCCAUGUCCUUUGACCGAGAUGAGGGCCCCAAGUCUGUUUCACCAACCAAACAGGAGGACUCAUUGACUUCUGGAGGUGCUGCAAAGCAGUCAGAGUUCCUGACUGUCCCCGGCAGUGGCUACUCCAGCCACCAUCAGCAGAGGGAGAUGAGAAGAUCUUCGUCAGAACAAGCACCUUGCACGCUGCCCACAGAGUUGCCAGAAAUGCGCAGUAAAUCCUUUGACUAUGGAAGCUUGCCCUCUUCCAGACAGGGUGAGCUCUACAGCAGUGCGUCUGCAAUGAAGGAACGUCGGCGUGGAUAUCUUGUUCGACAGGCUUCACUCAGUGUGUAUCCAGAGGCAGUCCUCCAGGAACCAGGUGGAGCAGAAAUGUCAAUCAAACAGGAGAGUUUGGAGCAUGGCGCGUGGCCUAGCUCAUCUGGAUCCCCACACGGCAGCAUCGACCAGCCCAGCAGAACCAAACGAGCUGGAGGCAAAGGAUCUCACCACCAGCAUAGCCUCCAGCAGAGCAUCAGUGAGGACAGCCUGCAAGACGAACCUCUCUAUGGACGGUCCCAGCAGCAUCGACUCCAAGCACAGAGCUCCUCAUCUGAGGGAGAACAUCCAGGCCACGAAGUCCUAAACAAGGAUUUAAUCCAGCAGUACCAAAGCGGCGCUCCCUUCAUUUCCAUCUCACAGCCGGGCUUGUUCUGGAAUCCGGACUCUGAGCAGGCAACGAGACAGCAGCAGACACUCCAGGCUCAACAGCAACUCCUAAAACUGCACAUCAGAUCACAAGGCAGCCUGCACAAGCAACAGUCACUGCAGCAAGUCCACGAACCCCUGCAAUACGAUGGAAAACCGGAAAGCUCGCAGAUCUACACACCGCCUUUCUCGUGUCGUACCUCCCCUCUGUUGCAACAACAGCAAAGCUUCGGCUCGCUGUCCUCCAAGCUCUCCAGCUCCACCGCCCACUCCUCUCUUCUACAACAGAUUCAACCGGUCUUUGCCACCCAGAACCUGGGCUCUCAGGCCUCCGUGCCGAGUUUACUGGUUCCUGUAAGGAUCCAAACCAACGUGCCAUCGUUUGGUAGUGCUAUGUAYACAAGUGUGAGCCAGCUGAUUGCUUCCUAUGGGGCCGGAGUACAAGCCUUGAGCUCAGACGGUGCUGAAACCGACGACAUGUCUCCUCCGCUCGGCGCGGCAAACAUCGCCAAGCCGCCCGGACGAGUGGUUGGAGGGAUAAGUGGAGCAGGAUUCAACUUGUCCAUCUUCCUCGGUCAGAUUGAUGGUGCAGCGCUACGCUACCCUCGACCCGAGCAGCAGCUGAACACGGGUAUCCCACUGUCGCUAACAUCAGGUACUAUAUCCACCACUGACGCCUCAGCUUCUGGUAUCGUAGCCAGCAAACGCAUGCUCUCCCCUGCCAGCUCACUGGAGCGCUUCGUAGAGACCAAACAGCAGAAACGAGUGAAGGAAGAGAGGAUGUACGGGCAGAUCGUCAGGGAGAUGAGCGCUGUUGAGCUGAGUGGAGCUGAACGCACUUCCAAAUCCGAGAAGCAGCCAGGGAGGGGUCAGAGCGAAGACUCCGUCGAUGAGCCUGAGAGGAUGUCCUCCUCUCCUCCGCUGAACAACAUCCCCGCCAAGAUCGCGAUUCCCGUUCGUUCCCCGGCCCCCCACAUCUCUGACAUACCCCGAGCCGAAAGCUUCACUCCACCCCUCCAAAUCAUCACCGAUCAUCCCGGUGGACGAGACUCCCCGGAGGAGCUGGACGUGGACGUAGUGCCCCCCAGCUCCAGCCCGGAGCCCAUGCUCGCCUCCGUCAACACGGAAGACGGCACCAAGAAGGAGCGAAAACCCGGAGCUCAGGCGCUGCUUCCUGCAGCCGACGCGCCGCAGUUCUUCCAGUUCCCCAGCCUGCGCACCGCGAGCCGGGUCAGCUGGUGUUUCCGAAACUACACCAAACCCAACAGCACCCCGUCGGCCGCUCGCGGCUCCGUCUACAGCUCGUGGUGCGUCAGCUCGUACAAUCCCAACCCUCUGAGCCUCACUACCAAAGCUGCACUGGCUCUGCUCCGGUCCAAACAGAGCAGGAACUCUGACCUGAUCUACACACUGGCAGCCAUCUCAGCUCCCAGCUCUGGAAAACUGGUUUCAUCCGUGGCCUGGAAGCUGAGGUUUGAUCAGCUGAAGCCYGAGCUGAUGCCAAUAGAUGUAAGUCAUUUUGGGAGGAAGAUGAAAGGAGUGGUAUCAUGGGACCGCUCAAAGGAUGAGCAGGUAGAGAAGGAGGUGUCGGUCAAGCAGCCGUCCACCGAACCAACUCGCAUCAAGAUCUUUGAGGGCGGGUAUAAAUCCAACGAGGACUACGUUUACGUUCGCGGUCGUGGUCGAGGUAAAUACAUCUGCGAGGAGUGCGGAAUCCGCUGCAAAAAGCCCAGCAUGCUGAAGAAACACAUCCGAACGCACACCGACGUCCGGCCGUACGUCUGCAAGUUCUGCAACUUUGCAUUCAAGACGAAAGGAAACCUGACAAAGCACAUGAAGUCCAAGGCGCACAUGAAAAAGUGUCUGGAGCUCGGAGUCUCCGUGUCCUCAAUUGAGGAAACAGAAACAGAAGAAGGAGAAGACGAAGGCCACAGAUCGUCUGAGAAGAUGUCCAGAGUCCCCUCCGCCGAGCACCAGUUCUCUGACGCCGACGAGUCCGACGGCGGUGAGGACGACGAGGUGGACGACGAGGACGACGAGGACGACGACUACGAUGGCGACUCCACCCCAAAGACGCGCUCGCGCUCCACCAGCCCGCAGCCGUACAGCCUGCCCGCCAUGUCCAUCACGGCCGUGGCCGCCUCCCACUCCGGCCCUCUACUUUCCCAUCAGACUGCGUCGGACCUCCUGGGCCACUCCAACAAGCCCCCUCUGUUUGGUUACUUCACCACCGUGCCCAGCAUCCAGAUCACCCCGCAGGCUUCGCCCACCGACCCCUUGGGGAGGGAGCAUGGUCUGGUAGAGUACCAGCGGGGUCAGGGGCGGAGCAUGCUGCAGGUCCCGCCCUCCUCCUCCUCCUCCAUGGAUGAGGAGCUCCCCGUCCCAUCCCCGGAUCCAUCCUCCCCGUCCUCCCGCCUCUCCUCACCUGGGCUGGACCACUCCGGUUGCCCGUCCCCCAUCUCCCCCUCAUCCUCCCCCUCGGCUCGCCGUUACCUCUCCCCCCACGCAGGACACCUCUCCCCCCAGCGGGACAUCUCACCCCUGCGCCACGUCUCCCCUAAGAGGGACCUGGGAGGGUACCGGAGAGACCUGUCCCCGAGACGGAGACACCUGUCCGUGCUUUCCCCCCUCUCCCGGCCCACCUCUCCAGGAGGGCGGGACUACAAGCGUGACCUUUCACCUCGAGGACGCCCCAGGGGGAUAAUCCGGGCGUUGUCUCCUCGUCGAGGCCUCCAGCAGCACCUCCACCAGCAGAGCCAGCAAAGUGGAGCUCGAGGUUCCAGGACGGGGCAUCAGGGGGGGUUGGACUUCACUCUGGGACGAUGCAGCACCGGUGCAGAAAUGGAAACGGAACAUCAUCCUGGUUCUCUGUACCCCGGGGAAGGAGACCAGGGUUCAGGUUGGGGGAACCAGUCCGGUCUGCCCCACCAGGUUCUCUUCAGUCACCUCCCCCUCCAUUCUCAACUCCAGGUGCGUUCUCCGUACCCGAUGAUCCCCAUCGGGGGGAUCCAGAUGGUCCACUCCGUCCCAACCUCCAUCACGGACCCGCUGGCCCAGCAGGGGGCGCAGUCGGCCCCCUCCUCCUGCCUCUUCCUACAGAAGAGCACGUCGGAGGACUCCCUCAGCGGCGACGCCUCCUCCUUCACAGAGCGGGGGAGGGAGUCCACGUCUCCUCGCCCCUCCUCACAGGAGAGGGAGGGGAGGCAGGAGGAGACCGUCCACACCUGCACCAAGGCCAUCGCCUCCCUCUGCAUCAACUCCGAGGAGUCUGCGGAGAGCAGAGUGGGGGGCGGGAGAGACCGAGCCCGAGCUCCUCCCUCCUCUUCCUCACCCCCGGCGUCGUACUCCGACUCCACGUCGACCCCUCCUCGCCCCUCCUCGUCUCCUCCUCAGCCUCCUGGGACUCAGCACUUUAGCGGCCUGGAGCUCAGGCCUCCCCACCCGACCUCCCCUCACUCCUCCCCCUCCUCCCCCUCUCCUCACCCCCACAGCCCGGGAUCGGACUCCUGCCGCCCUCCGACGUGCAUCAAGCCGGAGAACGACCCRGCGCCGGAAAGCACAAAGAGAAAAAAGGAGGCGUCGUAGAACACGGCGAACCUGUCGUGUCGAAGGGAAAACGUGCAACACGGGAGCGACGCUGAGACUUCUGCACGCUUUAAACCCACUUCCUCCCACUCCCAGGGGRGGAUUCUGGUGUUUUCAGGUGCACAGCGUGCCCGUCCCACCUGCAGCCAACUACCAGAGACUCUGUUAUUUAAUGACGUUAUAGAGCUGACACAUGCACACACGCCUGACCAAAACGUGCUCGCAAAGCUCUCAUCCAGCGGUACAUGAAACAAACAUGUGUGCCUUUUCUUUCAUUCUUCUGCUCUUUGGGCCUUUCAUUCUCUGUAAAUACCAUCAGCUUUGUAAGAAAUGCAACCUCCCUCCUUUCCCCUUUUAUUUUUAUUUUUUUUGUUUUGUUUCCCUUUUUUUUCCGACACCUUAAAAGUUGAUGUGAAGUUCUUGAUAUUACUAUGAUGUACGGUUGCACUAAAACAUAUUUUUAUAUGAGUGAAUUGGGGGAAAAAACUGCUUUUUGUGUACAGCUGCAAUUCUAUAAUACUAUUUAUUGUUACCAUGUUUCAUAAAUUGUACUUUUUUUUCUCAAA